CGUGCAUUAACAUCAAUAAACUAUGAUAUUAUAGGAGGUUCAAGACCAUGUACCGCCAUCUUCCAGCCCCCGUUCCGUUGCUUUCUUUUCAUUUCCAAGUCACCUUUGGACUCAGGAACAUUAUAGGUAAAAUCAAUAAGCGUAGCAGCCAUAUGUCAGCCUAA